GGUAUCACUCUGCUGACUGCGGCAUCCGUGCGACGCACGCUGUUACGUGAUAUGACCGGCUGACUGCUGAGGGGAAGUGGAACUACUAAUAACACGCAGCAGUGAGAGGCGUCGUCCAUCUUUACCCCUACCUGUGAUAAGUGUGACACGUGGAGGGAGAUCUCUGCGGCAGUAGAGUAACUUUUUAUUAAUCCUGUUAAUGCCCUGGCGUGCUUUGCAUUUAAACCCGAAAAAAACAAACAAUCCGCACGCAGGUAAGUCAUUUUGUUCAAGGUGUCAGAUACCUUCACCUCCUGCGAGAGUUUGUUUCCUGAAAAUGCAGCGACAUUUAACCAAAACCCGUGGGCUCAAGGAAAUAAGUGCUGGAAUUCUCUGCUUUCAUGUGUUGAUCAUUGUCAGCUUCACUUCCUUAUAUUUACGGUAUUUAGCAAGCCUCAUCCCUGAGGACAACCUGCUGGGGACCAGUGAGGUGACCGGUGAAGGCAACAUAAGACAGAGCAUCAAUUUAGAUGACACACUUGACUAUAGGGCCAGACAGGGGGUUGAAACACGCACAUCUUGGAAAGCUCCUAUCAUCUGGGAGGGGAUGUUUGACCCUGUUCUUUAUGACCAAAAGCACAUCCAAAACCAGUCAUCUGUGGCCCUCACCGUGUUUGCUGUGGGAAAGUACCUGGAUGCCUACCUGAAGACUUUCCUUACCUCUGCAGAACGACAUUUCAUGUUGGGAUUACAAGUGACAUAUUACGUGUUCACGGAUCAACCAGACAAGGUACCACACCUCGAGCUCGGUCCUCAGCGAAGCCUGAAGGUUAUCCAGGUGGAAAAGCACUCCAGGUGGCAGGACAUCUCUAUGAUGCGCAUGAAAACAAUAUCAGAUACCAUAGAAUCAGAGAUUCGUCACCACUGCAAUUAUGUCUUCUGCUUAGAUGUGGAUCAGGAGUUUAAGGGAAGAUUUGGCUCAGAGGCUCUGGGGGAUUCUGUAGCUUUGGUACAUGCGUACUUUUACAAACUUCCAAAGGAUAUGUGGAGCUAUGACAAAAACCCCAAAUCCAAAGCCUACAUGGAAUACGGAGAUUACUACUACCACGCUGCUCUCUUUGGAGGCCUGUGUGAACAUGUGAAGAAUUUGGCAGAUUACUGCUUUCUGGGUAUCAUGGAGGACAAACUAAAUGAUGUGGAGGCUCUGUGGCACGAUGAGAGUCAUCUAAACAAGUACUUUUGGCUUCACAAACCAACCAGGUUGCUCUCCCCCGAGUACUGCUGGGACCAGAAUAAUAUUGACAAUGACAUACACAUCGCUCGCCUAAUAUGGGCAGAAAAACAUUAUGACACACUACGUGAUCAGUAGACUGGCUACAAGAUCCACAAAUUGUGAGAAAAGUGUAAUAGCCACCUGUCACUUUAACACUGGCUGGGUGAUAUGGUUGAAAUCAGUGUUACAAUAUCAAAAAACAUGUUUAUGAUCUGAAUAUACUGUACAACAAGAAAUGGAAAAUGUUUGUCUAAAACCUUAAAAUAAAAUUAUAAAACUAA